UGAAUGCCACAGGCGCACAUUGUAUUCUCGCUCCAUUAGAAAGUUAUUACACGUGAUGACGGGUCACUUAAACCAACGGAAGUGUUAAACCUACUUACGAUAUAUGCUUUCAUCUGAAAAGGUUAACCAGACAUCUAAGCACUACGAACGAAUGUUCUGGUAGCAGCGGCAUUUAUAUAUAAAGCAAGCCAACGUAAACAUUGUCGCAUUCUACCACAAACAUCCAUUGGAUACAGGCGGAACUACGUCUUUAAAAUGAUUCUGCAAGUUGGGACUUUAGCUGUGGUGCUGACUAUCAUUGCUGUUGGGAAUGCCCAGCAAGGACCUCCGGGACCACCGGGGUUGAACGACAGACGAUUUCCGAAGCUGCCAGGAUCGUCCGGAGCGGCUGCCCCCGGUCACAAUGUUCCGGAGGAACACCUUAUCUAUCCGGAUGUCCCUAUGGACACAUUUGUCGCAGGAGCUCCCGUGAAUCCAGACGAUCCUCAGCAGCUGAUCAAUGCUGGGCCGGAGCAUCACACAUUUUCAGACCCAAGAGGACCUACAGGCUUUAGGGUGCCCUUUCGACGAUUCUUUCCCGGCCGUGAAAUACCAAGGGAAUACCAAAGUCUGGGCCAGAGAGUGGACAUUCAGAAUGAUAUGGAGCCGUGAUUGGUGAAUAUCUACCAAAACAAGGUUCAUCGAUACAAAGCAGAAGACUAGAAGUUACAUAUUGUUUCCACAUUUUCUUCAUUCCAUUCCCUGGAUAUAUUAUCUUCGUUCUGAUAAUUCAUUGUGUUCCUGUUCAUAUACAAUCUAACUGAAUUGAAUUUUGUCCUUCAAACUAUGCAUUUAAUAUGCUCAAUAACUUGCUAUGUGUAGACUUUGAUAAUAAAAUUGGCAUUAUACUAUU